AUGGCCCCAGGCCUCAACGAGAUGUUGCUGUGGCACGGGACCUCCGCUGCAGCAGCGAAGGCCAUUGCCACGGAUGGGUUCUUGGUAAAGUCCACGUUUUCCCAUGGCCGGCGCUUUGGCGACGGCGUGUACCUUGCAGAGGACCUCAGCAAAAGCUUGUCCUACUGCAAAGAGUCUGAUGGGAUUUCCUACGUUCUGCUUUGCCGAGCCACCUGUGGGCGUAUCCACUACACCGAAGAGAUGCAUGCAACGAAAGCUCAUGUACAGGCCAAGGCCCUAGGGCUCACCUGCGUGCUGGCCAAUCCGGAUCAGAAGGGACCGAGAGAGUACAUUCUUUUCGAGGCAGAUCAGGUCUAUCCCGAAUACAUCGUCGAGUUUACCAAGAAGGGACAUGCCAAAGUGAGUGGCGUCUUUGCCGGAGGGUCGGGAGGGGCAGGGGAUGACGUCUGCCUAGAAAGCCAGUAG